UUUGCCCCUGACCUAACCCCAAGGUCAACUGCUCCCAAGACGAGCUCAAUCACGAUAUCUGUCCCCCCACGAAAGAGUAUCGCUCCCGUCUACCCUGAGGGGUUGGAGGUAUAUCAUACCUCCCGGCUCUUUCCCUCUUCUUUCUCGAUAUGUAUUUCUCUCUCGGAGAGUUUCGCCAUCAUUCCCCUUGUCUUAUUCUGCCAUUGAAAGGACAUUGAAGCCCCCCUUCCGGCCCAUUGCCCCUUUCCCAUCCCCCCUCCUUGUCCAUCCAUCCCAUCCAUCUCCCCUCUCAUCACACACACCGCGAGCACCGCGGCCAACCCCAGCCCAAGAUGGACUACGACAAAAUGAUGAAGAUAGUCCAAGACGCCCACAAAGACCCCUCAACCGUCGACCCAGACCGCAUCCUAAACCACAUCUUCGCCUCCACGGGCUACAGCGUAGAAAACCCCCCUCCCGAAGCCGUCAUCAAACAGCUCAAAAUCGACUUUGCACCCUGGCUCCCCGCCUUCUGCUUCCUCAAGCCCGACCUAGAGUACUGCCAGGAAGGCGUCAUCUCCUUCUACUCGUACCGCGUCUCCCUCGCCGCCAACGUCGUCUUCCUCGUCCUGUUCUUCCUGUCGUUUUGCGGGUUCGCGUAUACCAUGUACCGCACGCGCCGGGCGAACCUGUUCAGCGUCGCCAUGAUGCUGGGCAUCGUGUCCGAGAUGAUUGGGUACGCGGGGCGCAUCUUCAGCUGGAAGAACCAGUGGAACGAGAAUCCUUUCCUGGUGCAGGUUUGCUGUUUGACUGUCGGUCCCGCGUUCCUCGCCGCGGGCAUCUAUCUCUGUCUGCGGCGGAUCGUCACGGCGUUUGGGCCCAAGAACUCGAGGAUCCCGCCGAAGUGGUACACCAGGAUUUUCAUCCCCUGCGACCUAAUCUCCCUCGCCCUCCAAGCCGUAGGCGGCGCCCUCGCCUCCGUCGCCUCCAAACGCGACCUCCCCACCGCGAAAGGCGACGCCGUCAUGAUCGCGGGCCUCGCCUUCCAAGUCUUCACCAUGUUCGCCUUCAUGCUCGUCGCCGCCGACUUCGCCCUGCGCACCUACCGCGCCUCCCGCCACGCCCACCUCCCCAACCUCUCGUGCGCCCUCGACAACCACCCGGACAUGGUCCGCCUCCGCCGCUCCUCGCGCUUCAAGGGGUUUCUGGGCGCGCUGGCGGUGUCCACCGUCUGCAUCUUCAUCCGCUGCGUCUUCCGCGUCAUCGAGCUCAGCGGCGGCUGGACGGGGCCCCUGAUGGCGCGCCAGGAUCUCUUCAUCGCGUUCGAGGGCGUCAUGAUUGUCGUUUCUGUCGUGGGGUUGAAUUUCUUCCAUCCUGCGCUGUGCGGUUCGCAAUUGUUUGCGCCGCCGGCUGAUCGUACGGCUGGCGUCCCAAAGAGGCGCAGGAGGAUCAUUUCGGGACCGAGGUUGGUCAACUUUGAUUCGUAUGAGAAGAGCAACGGGAGCUCUAUUGAGACUGCUUAAUGGGUUGGGAUUAUGCCAAGUUUUCCAAACGUCUUUGUAUCUUUUUCUCCCAAAAAGCAUGUAAGCAUGUAGUACUGUUCCAGACGCUUCCCCCAUGCUUCAAGCGUCAGUAGUAUAGACCGACUGCUUACCCCUUUUAUCGCUUCUGUUUUUAUUGUUUUAUUUUUGCUAGAAAAGCUCAGUAUGAUGGAUGAAUGGCUUUCUUUUUCCUUUUCCAUUUCUCAUACUAUUCUUCUUUUGUCUUUUCUUCUCUUCUCCUCUCCUCUUCUCUUUUCUUUCUUUUCUUCUUUUUCUUUCUCUCUCUUCUUCUGUUCAACCUGCCUUGGUAGUCAAUACUACAUAGCUGGGAGUAGGUGGCUUUUCGGGCGGGGUACGAGAGUGUAAUCAGUGGCAUGCAGAAUUCGGGGUCGUCAGUACGUAAUUGAAACACGACUGUAUUUCCCUUAGAAAUAAAUCUAGUUGUACUUAGCGUAC